AUGGUCGAAAAGGUGGACGUCCUCAUCUGCGGUAGCGGAUCGGCUGGGCUCUGCGCCGCAACCUGGCUAGCUCGCUAUGGCAUUCGCUGCAAGGUGUUGGAACGUCGCGAUGGCCCGAUGACCAUGGGCCAGGCCGAUGGCGUGCAGUGCCGCACGGUUGAGAUCUUUGAAAGUUUCGGGAUUGGCGAGGAGCUUCUGCGCGAGGCCUACCAUGUGCUUGAGGUGGUGUUCUGGGCACAAGACGGCAACGGAGUGAUCCAGCGGACUGGCCGCACGGCUGAUACACAGCCGGGUCUCUCCCACCAACCGCAUGUCAUCCUCAACCAGGCUCGCAUCAACAUGCUCAUGAUUGAGGCCAUGCGGCGCUUCAACAACCAGGAGAUCGACUACGGGUACGACAUCAAGAGCGUCGAGGUUGACAGCGAGUUGGCCAAGGAUCCUGCCGCGUACCCAGUCAAGGUCACGGCCGAACGGGACGGAAAGCUGGAGUACUUUGAGGCAAAGUAUGCCAUGGCCUGUGAUGGCGCUCACAGCACCGUUCGUCGCUCGUUGGGAUACACCAUGGUUGGCGACAGCACGGACGCGGUCUGGGGUGUCAUGGAUAUGGUCCCCCGGACAAACUUUCCCGAUAUCCGCAAGAAGGCUACCGUUCGGUCUAAGGCUGGUAACUUGCUGAUUAUUCCGCGCGAGGGGGAUAAUUACAAUCUAACCAGGUUCUACAUUGAGCUGCCUGCCGGCACAAAGGCGAAGGAAGUCAAGCUCGAAGACUUGCAGCAGACCGCUAAGAAGAUCCUGAGUCAGUAUGAGGUAGAGUUUGUCGAGACGGUGUGGUGGUCUGCGUAUGCUAUCGGCCAGCGUACGGCCGACCACUUCCAUAAGGAUUUCCGCGUCUUCCUCGCCGGCGAUGCCUGUCACACCCACUCCCCGAAGGCUGGCCAGGGCAUGAACGUCAGUCUGCAAGACGGCUAUAACAUGGGCUGGAAGCUCGCGUCCGUGCUGAAGGGCCUGGCACCUCCCUCGCUUCUCGAGACGUACGUCCUCGAGCGCAGCAAGACCGCUGUCGAUCUGAUCAACUUCGACCGCUACUUCUCCGGGCUGUUCUCCGGCGGAAAGGUGUCCCCGUCUGAGUUCCAGGAGGGAUUCAUCAAGUCCGGCAAGUACACGGCCGGUCUGACUGCCAAGUACGACAAGUCUCCGCUGACCGCCGGCGACGGCGACGCUGAGAAGCUGGCUUCGAAUGUGGUGGUUGGUAUGCGUCUGCCGAGCUCGCAGGUGGUGCGGUUCUGCGAUUCGAAGCCGCUGCAGCUGAUGACGUCGCUAAAGUCUGAUGGCCGCUGGCGCGUCAUGGCGUUCGCUGGGGACCUGCAAUCGGCUGAGAACCAGGCCCGUUUGACUGCUCUCGGCAACUACCUCAGCUCCGCCGAAAGCCCUCUUCUGCGCUUCACGCCCAAGGGCGGGGACGUCGACAGCCUGAUCGAGCCUAUCUUGGUGGCGCACGGUCAGCGCCAUGAGACUGAGCUCGAACAGAUCCCCGAGAUCUUCUACCCGUUUGCAGGCAAAAACAGCACUCGCGACCUGCAUAAGAUCUUCUUCGAUGACGAGAGCUACAACAAGGGCCAUGGGCGGCUGUACGAGUAUCUGGGCAUCAGCCCCGAGAGGGGGGCGAUUGUGAUUGUGCGGCCGGAUCAAUAUGUCUCUGCUGUUUACAGUCUCGAUGACUACGCCCAGAUCGGCAAGUUCUUUGACGGGUUUUUGAUCCCGCAGGACAAGCAGCAGGCGAAGCUGUAA